AUGAGCAAUGGGCAAGGAGGUUACAACAAAGGAUACUAUAAUUACAAGUCCAACCCUGCCAUGUCAUACCGCAACACUGAUGUUGCUAACCCUCAGGACCAAGUCUAUCCUCAACAACAGCAAGCUCGAUCGAGCUUUCCCCACCAACCACCCCAGCCUGCACCUUCACAAGAGAAUGAGCUCAAGGCAAUGCUGAAACAACUACUUCAAGGGCAAGCUGAUGGUGUAGUGGACACAAGCAAGAAGCUAGCUGAAAUAAACUCCAAGAUCGAGAAUCUCAACACAAGGGUUUACUCUCUGGAGAAUCAUGCUUCUUCUGUUGCUGCUGCUACAAAGCAAGGACAACUACCUGAGAUUGUUGCUGCUGAGGCUCCUGGAGUCCAGAUUGAUCAACCAGAAGUGCAGGCACCUACUGUGGCCAUUCACACUUCACCAGUUGAGCUCGCACAACAAGCUCGAUCGGCAGCUCGAUCGAGUCGAACUCUAGCUCGAUCGAGUCACAAGGAAGUGAUUCACAAGUUCAGAAGAGAUCUCAGUGGGAUUGGAAUUGAGUUGCCUCCUAUGGAUAGCAUGAGUGAGGCAUUUGAUCAAAUGCAAAUGGUCAAGGAUGUUCUGGCCAACAGUGAUAAAGUUUCAGAGGUCCUGAAGGAGUCUACUCAUCAGUUCAACCUGCUUACUUCACCCACUUUCCUACCAAAGGUCAAGGAUCAAGGGAAAUUCACUCUCCCUUGCACACUUGGGCAUCUUGAGCUUGACAAUGCCUUGUGGAUUCUGGAGCAAGCAUCAAUCUGA